GAUCUCUUUAAUUCACCUUGGUUCCUACACAGUCCCUGGCUCAGGCGUAUUAAUUUUGGCGGACAAUUUAUUAUGUUCAGUGGCGGGAUAAGUUAUUGUGAUACGAUUCUUCUAAUUGUUCAUUUUGUUUAUCUCAUCAACUGAUCAACUGAUAACUCACUGAAAGGAUGAAAAGGAGAUGUACCUCAAACAACGAAUCUCCCAAAAUUGAUGCGGGAUUAGAGGCGAAGUAUUGGAAAUUAAAAGUUUCUAAUGUCGUUACCAGUGUCGAAACGGCAUCGAAAGAAUGUUCUGAUAACGAUAAUAAUGUCUGUUCUCUUAUAAAUUGGGAUGAAGAAUGGCACGAUAUGCACUGUAACACUGUACAUCAGCACUUCACUUUAGACCUAUCUACAUGGAAAAGAUGCAGUGUCUUGACAGUCGACCAACUUGAGAAUGGAACCAUUAAAGUAUCAUUGCAAGAUUCUCAUUCCGAAGAAAAAGCUAUUUGUCAGCUUUUUCCUCCUUGGAAUAUGAUUCAAUGCAUUACUCACGGCUUGAUAGUAUCAGUGUUGGCCAUGAAAGUUAGUCCAUCAUCAAGCCAUUUUGUAGUCAACGCAGAUUUCGGAUUUUUUGUCACGGAUCCUGAUAGACUCGUUUCAGGUACUACUGUAGUGGGAUCAUUGUUCUGUCAUCGGCGCGGAGUCUUACAGGAGCUGUUUCGUAUGUCAGAAUCGGAGAAUACACAGAUGGUUAUUGGAACCGUGGUGCAUUAUAUUUUCCAACGGUGCCUUUUGGACAAGUCUUGCAAAUUACUAACUCAUGUAGAAACUAUUGCAAAAAAAGUUAUGAAGACUAAAAAGGUUAUCUCAUCUCUUUAUGAAGUUAACUUAAGCACGAAGGAAGCGUUCAGUUUACUGGGUCCAUAUCUUAAAGAAAUCGAGACGUUCUUAAACAAACACUUUAAUCACAGGUCUAUACAAACUGAUACUGAAACAAUUGCCAUCUGUGAGGUUAAUGAUAUCGAGGAAAAUAUUUGGUGCCAUCAUUUGGGAGUUAAAGGCAGAAUCGAUGCAACAGUUUCCGUAUCAAGUGAUGCGACAAAGAAAACGUUUGAAAUUAUGCCUUUAGAACUGAAAACAGGUCGAGCUAGUUAUUCAUUUGAACAUCUUGGCCAGCUGGCGUUGUAUCAAAUGAUGAUGAAUCUUGUUGGACAUGAGGUAAACGCUGGAUUACUCCUGUACUUGAAAGAGGGAAAAUGUAGUCGUGUAACUGCAAAUCGUAACAUGAAGCGUGAUUUGAUCAUUCUGCGAAAUGAAGUUGCACGGUCCCUAAGCAAGUGGAUGGUAAAAGAUAAUAUAACUCAAAAGGGAUCGUUGGCGAUGAAGCCCACUUUACCAGACCCUAUCAAUAACGAACGAGCUUGUACCAAAUGUCCAUAUAACACAGUUUGCAUAACAUUAUUGAAAAGCGAACGUGAAGGCACCUGUACAAAUUAUGGAUUGUCAAUACUUGCAGAAGAAGCAUGUGGUCAUCUAAGAACUAAAGACGUUGAUUACUUCAUUCAAUGGUCCGGUCUUAUAUACUUGGAAACUCAUGACGAGACAGUACAAUCGCGCAACGUACAAAACAUGUGGAAUUCAUCCCCAAAGGAACGGGCAGAAACGGGAAGAUGCAUUUAUGGGCUGAUUUUAGUCUCUCCUGUGCGUAUCGUGGAUGACUUAUAUUUUCAUACUUUCAAAUUAGAAGCAGCAAGUAGCACAUUACCUAAAGCUUUGGAUACUUUUCAAGUUGGUGAAUAUAUUAUAUGUAGUACUUCUAAACGGAUUGCCGUAGCUUCUGGAUACAUAAUUAGUCAUGCUAGUAACGAAAUUGUUGUCUCUUUUGAACGGGACUUGUCAACUAAUUAUGGAGCUGAAACCUUUAUAUUAGAUCAAAAUACUCUCUAUAAAUCCACAUUUAAUUUAUCCAACUUAGCAUUGCUUCUCUUUAACGAUGACCGUUGCUCGCAGUAUCGCAGGAUUAUUAUUGAUCGUGAAAAGCCAACAUUCUCAGAUGGAUUUCUCUCAAAAUCUAUGAUUCCAAAGGCCAAGGAAAUCCUGAAAAAGUUGAACCGUCACCAGAAAAAUGCAGCCCUUAAGGCCGCUGCUACAAAAUCCUACUGCUUAUUAAAGGGUUUACCUGGAACUGGGAAAACUCAAACAAUUGUAGGAUUGAUCAGAUUGUUAUCGCUCUUAGGUCAAUCUAUACUACUGACUAGUAACACACAUUCUGCUGUUGAUAAUGUACUGAAGCGCCUAUUGCCUUUUCAAGAUCUAAAGUUUAUUCGACUAGGAUCAUUAGAUCGUAUCGAUCCAGCUGUAGCAUCAUCUGCAGAAGCUAUUGUAACUGAGCAUUGUGAUUCUCCGGAAAAACUGAGUGAAGUAUAUGAACAAUACAAAAUUGUUGGAGUAACGUGCCAGGGAACCGGCCAUCCCCUGAUUAAUAAACGCCUCUUUGACUUUUGUAUUGUGGAUGAAGCGACUCAAGUUUUUCAACCUAGCCUCAUUCGACCAUUGUUACGUAGCAAACGAUUUCUAUUAGUAGGCGAUCCAGAACAACUGCCUCCUGUGAUCAAAUCUGUUGAAGCACGCUCCCUCGGCGCAUGUGAAAGUAUGUUUCACAGAUUGGACCAAGAAGGUUCCUUUUACAUACUUCCAACACAGUAUCGAAUGAAUCGUGUCUUGACAAAAUUGGCUAACGAGUUUGCUUAUAACGGUAAAUUAAUUUGUGGAAAUGAUAUUGUGGAAAAUAACACCAUUAACCUUCCGAAUCUGGAAAAUAUACGUAGGAUAUAUGAAGUAGAAAGGUGGCUACUGAAAAUGAUAUCCAAUCAAAUUGACUUAUCAGUAGUCUUAGUGGACACUGGUAACACAUAUCAAAUGAACCUAAACUAUAGAAAAUUGAAUGAAAUAUCGACUAGCAUUACAGAUGAUCAAAGUAAAAACGCAAUGAACUGCACAAACGUUUCGGAAAUAGCCAUUGUAGUAUACGUUAGUUGGGCUUUCCUUCAAGCUGGCGUUGAACCUGAAUCAAUAGGUAUUAUUGCACCAUUUCGAGCACAGGUGGAAUUAAUACGAAAACUCAUGAAAAAAUUAUUUGAAAAACAAAAAUACACUCGUCACUCUUCAAGUUCAAAUCAUAACGUAAUAUAUACGAAGGAAAAUGUUGAGCAAUUGAAUCAUACUUGCAAUAUUGAAGUCAACACUAUAGAUCAAUUUCAAGGAAAGGAUAAAAAGAUAAUACUAUUUUCGUGCACAAAAUCAUCAAAUUUAUCCGAUGAUAUCUGGAUCAACAAAGGAAAAGAACGGAGCUCUCACGGUUACGAAAUAUUAAGCGAUAAAAGCCGAUUAACUGUUGCAAUUACAAGAGCCAAGGAGAAACUUAUCAUUAUAGGCGAUCGAUUGACCCUGGAUUCGUAUGCUCCGUUCAAAAAGUUGUUUAAUGUGGCGAGCAAAAUCAGUAACAUCAGCCUUCGUGAAAAAAAGGAUGGAUUUGAGUGGAAUGCUCUUCUUGAAUUUCUUAUUUUCUUAUCAGACUAGAAGCAGGUUCGAUGUUUCCGGAUAGUAAUUUAAUAAAACGACACGGUAGCUACAUGA